AUGCAAGAUAUGUGGUUAUGUGAAACUCAGUGCAGGACGUUGAGGGAAACUAGGAGAGAUGAUGCUGUAGUGCUUACACCCAAUGGCAGCAAGGGUAUUGUUGAAGUGGAUUCCAGCGGUAUCAGUUGUGAAGCGAUGAAGGUGUGGAGACUUAUAGAUUAG